AUGAGUAUGAUCAACAAGGCAGUGGAGGACAUGGAAGAGUGGAAUAGGAGAACUGACAUGGAUCAAAGAGAGCAACCCCACCUUCCAAUGGUAAGAACAGAAGCUAAAUGGGAACCCCCACCACCAAAUUGGUUCAACUACAAUGUUGACGGUGCUUGGGAUGAAAGCAAGGACCAGUGUGGUAUCGGCUGGGUUUCAAGGAAUCACCAAGGGGAGGUUUUCUGGAUGGAAUUGAGGAAGUUACCUAAGCUUCGUACCCCUAUUGAAGUGGAAGCGGAGGCUUUACGCUGGGCCAUGAGGACAAUGUUAAGACUCAACUUUAGGAAUGUGAUCUUUGUCUCGGAUUCCGAAAGCUUGGUUGAAGCAUUGAGAGAGGAACCCUUAAGGCCAAGCCUCCACACUUACCUUCAGGACAUCACUCAUAUGAGUAAAAGGGUUACAAGCAGUAAGGUGAUCUUCCAAGGCAGAGAAGCAAAUAGAGUGGCAGAUAGGAUUGCAAAGGAAGCCAUUUCUCUUGAGAUUAGUGCUCCUAAAUUGUAUACUGUCAUGCCAAUAUGGUUAAAAUUUUAUUUGGAGAAUGAUUUUGUAUGUGUUUAA